GGGCUUUUAUUAUGUACUAAUCCUUUAAGCUGGUUGUUUCCGGUCGCGAUGGCGCAGGGUAAGCAGAAGUUUAAAGCGCGGAAAUCCGGAGGAUCUAAGAAGCCGCAGAAUAAACCGCGUGGAGUGAAGAAAGGAGGGAGGGUCAUCGCACCCAAGAAGGCCAGAAUUGUGCAGCAGCAGAAGCUGAAAAAGGAUCUGGAUGUGGCUAUCAGGAAUAAGAUCGAGGAGGAGAUCACUCAGAAGGCGAGCUCCUCUCUGCACAAGAAGCUGAGUGUGCUGAAAGCUCCGCAGGGGAAAGGAGGAGGAGGAGCCUCUAAACCCGGAGCUUCUGCUGCUGGACCAUCCAAAUAACCACACACACACACACACACACACACACAUACACAGUUGCUGGUGGGUAGUUCACAGCACUGUAACUGUAAUGUUUGGCCACUAGGUGGCUGCAGUAGCUUGAAUGUGGAGACCAAGUGCAGAAAUAAAGGCUGAAAUUCCAGAAUCAGCUUUAAUUCAGGGUUUAAUGAACUGAUAAAAACAUCAAAUAUAUUAUAUACAUUCGUGAAAUAAACAUCAGUAAUCAACUUUAAGAGAAUUGGUUAUAUUAAAGAGUCCAUAUCCCAAUCCUGCAGCUCUUUUCUGUGAUUUGGGGGGUUUAAUAUACUGACUGUAAAUUACUGGAUUCCUGGAGGUGUGUUCAUACUUACAUCCAUAUCUAAUAUUAGGGCUGCAUAAUAUAAGCAGUCACUCCUACAAAAGCAGGAUCAACCCUUUUAAUACCCCUUAAUGAAUGAGCAGAUGUCCCAAAACUUUUGUCCAUAUAGAAGGAUGUAUCUGGUUGAUAUUGUGCAGCCCUGUGUUAAACCCACACAGUUAUAAAUGCUGUAAUAAAACUGACUCUGCUGCUGUUCUGCUUGUAUUCUAUGGUUGUUAGAAUAAACUGAGAUUAACGGAACAUCA